AUGAAGCCGACAGCUUUAUUCACUUUUUUCGGGCUGGGUGUCGCAGUCGAAAGCAUCAACAAUCCCUGGUCGUGCCAAACGAACGUUGUCACUCGAUUUGAGAAGAGCGCCAUACAGGCUGGUGCCGAAAAAGCGGCCGAGUACAUGCUCACCGGCACAACGACACCUCCGAAUCAGGCUGGCAACAUUUUCCCUCAUUACUUUUCAAACUUUGAAGCACUUACCUUUCAGGCUGUCUGCGAAAACAGGGUUUUGUAUGAGCAUCCAAUUCAUCCCCGAGUCCCGCAUGAGUACACGGGCGGCACACCUGGCCAGUACCGAGUUGUCCUCGCCUUUACCAAUAAUGGUAGUGACACCAUCUUUUGCGGAAUGAUGGCACAUUUCAGAGUGUCAGAUACGCACUUUAGGAUAUGUACUGCUUUGCCCCGCUGA